CCCAAGGAGGAGUUUUUCCACUGUUCGAAAUGCAAUUUGUGCUUAAGCUUGAGCCUGCAAGGGAAGCACAAGUGUAUUGAAAAUGUCUCCAGGCAGGACUGUCCAAUAUGUUUGGAGGAUAUUCACACGUCUCGCAUCGAAGCUCACGUUCUGCCGUGCGGUCACCUACUUCACAGAACGUGUUACAAGGACAUGCUAAAGGAAGGUUACAGGUGUCCCUUGUGCAUGCACUCGGCUUUUGAUAUGACGAGGUACUGGCGUCAGCUGGAUGACGAAGUCGCACAGACUCCCAUGCCCACGGAGUAUCAGAACAUGAUGGUGGAGAUCCUUUGCAACGACUGCAACGCCCGCUCUACAGUGCAGUUCCAUCUCCUGGGCAUGAAGUGCAAAAACUGUGAAUCGUACAACACCGCUCAGGAUGGACGGUGCCGCGUGUCUGUCGAGGAGCAGUGA